CCCAGCAGCCACUCUGUCUUUUUGCAACCAUGUGGGUCUCUCUGCUGUGCCUCUGGCUGGGGCUAGCCCUUUCAGGGGCAGUCAUACCAGCCGAGGAAGAAAAGCCAGCCUUCUGGAAUGAGAAGGCAUCCCGGGCCAUUCAAGAAGCCCUGAACCUCCAUCCCCGGCACCACCGUGCUAAGAACCUCAUCCUCUUUUUGGGAGAUGGCAUGGGUGUCUCCACCAUCACUGCCACCCGCAUCUUGAAUGGACAAAUGCUGGGGCAUUUGGGCCCUGAAACACCUUUAACUAUGGAUACUUUCCCCUAUGUGGCGCUUUCCAAGACGUACAAUGUGGACCGGCAAGUGCCAGACAGUGCAGGCACUGCCACCGCCUACCUCUGUGGGGUGAAGGGCAACUAUAAGACAAUCGGUCUGAGCGCAGCUGCCCGCUACAACCAGUGCAACACCACGGCAGGAAACGAGGUCACAUCUGUGCUACAGAGAGCUCGCGCGGCUGGCAUGUCUGUGGGGAUUGUGACCACCACACAGGUUCAGCAUGCAUCGCCUGCCGGGAACUACGCUCAUGUGGUGAACCGGGACUGGUAUUCGGAUGCCGACAUGCCUGCGCUGGCAAUUUCACAGGGCUGCAGAGACAUUGCUGAGCAGCUGCUUGAAAAUGUCGACAUCACGGUGAUCUUAGGUGGUGGCAGGAGGUAUAUGACCCCAGCAGGCACCCCGGACCCUGAAUACCCUUCAAAACCCAGUGACGGCGGUCUCCGCAAAGAUGGGCAGGACCUCGUUGACAAGUGGUUGAAAGUCUCUCCAAACAGCAAGUAUGUCUGGAACAGAACAGAUUUGUUGGCCGCUAUGGACGAUCCAGCUGUGAACCGUCUCAUGGGUCUCUUUGAACCUUCCACCAUGAAAUACGAUCUCAAUCGAAAUAACAUCAUGGACCCAUCACUGACUGAGAUGACUGAAGCAGCCAUCAAAGUCCUCCGCCGCAACCCCAAGGGCUUCUACCUGUUUGUGGAAGGAGGCAAAAUCGACCACGGGCACCACGACGGCAAUGCAAAGCUGGCUCUCACCGAAGCAGUGGAAUUUGAUCAUGCCAUCCGGCGAGCAGGAGAACUGACCAGUGAAGAUGACACCCUCACCGUGGUGACAGCCGACCAUUCCCAUGUCUUCAGCUUUGGGGGCUAUACCCUGAGGGGCACCUCCAUCUUUGGCUUGGCCCCUAAACUAGCAAAGGACAGUAAGACGUACACCUCUAUUGUAUAUGGGAAUGGGCCGGGCUACCAGAUUACCAACCAAAGUCGCCCGAAUGUGAGCGCUACUGAGAGUGAGAGUGACAACUACCAUCAGCAAGCUGCCGUGCCCCUCAGUUCAGAAACCCAUGGAGGCGAGGACGUGGCCAUCUUCGCCAAGGGCCCCAUGGCCCACCUUUUUCACGGGGUGCAGGAGCAGACGUACGUGGCGCACCUCAUGGCCUUCGCUGCUUGCCUGGAGCCGUACACGGAAUGCGGCCUGUCCAGUCACAACUUUGCCGGCAACGUCUUCCCCACAAUUCUGGUUCUUUUCCUGGCAGCUGUGCCCUUUUGGUGCCUCUGACUCUCAUUUGGAUACACCACCCUUCUCCUGUCUCUGGGAUCUGGAGAGCAUUUGCUUCUCUUGCCAGCCACACAGUGGAGAUGCGCUGCCAUCCCCUCCCCAUCUUGUUUUGGACUGCAUCAAUAUACAUCUCAAGAACACACGACGCUGCCUUGUACCGAAUCAGUCCACAGGACUAUCAAGCUAAGCAUUGUCUACUCAGUCCGACUGAAGCUCUCUAGGAUCCCAAGAAGAGGUCUUUCACAUCACCGUUUUAUCUGGAGACGCCAGGAAUUGAACUGGCGACCUUCCGCGUGCCAAGCAGACACUCUACCGCUGAGCCACAACUCCUCCCACAACAUCGGCCAUCUUGCUGGGACUGGCAGUUCCAUCCACAACCAGGAGAGGGCGACAUGUUAACUCUCAGAACUGAGGGCGCAGCUCUAGAAGUGCUCGGGGGUGCUCUGUGACGUGCAGCAGUGUGCUAAGUGUGUGCCGCAAUCUGACGAUGAAUGACUAAAAUGGGAUCUUGUCCCACUGCCAGAACGUCAGUCAGUCGCCAGACAAGCAUGCAGAAUUCUUUCUUCCCUCUUUGCGUCAAAACCGAUAUUAAAAUUGGGAGGCAGCUGCUGGAAUGGAGGGGGGCAUAGUCUGUGUGCUUGGGAGUUGGGGGGGGGUUACGAUGUGUCCUGUGACUUUCCGUCCCAUGCAAAUUCUCUCCAACCUGUAUGUCUAAACGUGACCCAGGAAUGUUCUCUUCUAUGUACCCCAUCUAUGUACCCGCUUAGGCUGUCAAAGGCCAGCAUCCUCCUCAGCUGCCCCUCAGGUCUGGAACUCUCCUCCCUUGGAAACUUGCCCAAACCUGAGCCUGUGCUUUGGUCCAAGCUGGUGAAAGUCAUUUUUCAUUCCCAGUGGCUCUCAGAUGCCGGGAAUUGGAUGCGACAAUGAGCAAGCUGUUCCCUGCCCUUCACCUUCAGUGUGGGCGAGUUUAAGUCUGGCGACCCCAUCAAUUAAUGAAUGCCCCCGUUUGCCCAUGCAGACAAAACAGCUCUGGCCUUUUAAUUCAACAUAAUUAGCAGCAGAAAAAUACAGCGCCAAAUAUCUGUACAAAGAGCCCCUCAGCCCGACUGCCCGGACACCGCCACCUGCUGGCCAGGAGUGCUGGCGAUGUGGAUACGUGGCUGGAGCAGGACUGGUCAGGAAACCUUGCAUGGCCGGCCCUUCCUUGCCCCCUAGAGUAACCUUGUGCUGCAGCCUGGGCUCAGGGGGAGGAGUCCGGGCCGUGGCACGGCAGCCAGGCUAGGCAGCACGGAGCAAGCAUGUGGCUGUCUGCCCUUCUCUCCCUCCCAGAGAUCCUGGUUUGGUUGGGGUUGCCAACUCCAUCUUGAGAAAGUCCUGGAGAUUUGGGGGAGGUCCCUGGGGAGAGUAGACUUUGGGGGGGGGGAGAGGACUCAGCGGGGAUAUAGCGUCACUCUAGGGCUUCUGUUGCUCUUAAGCUCUGUGGUAAGCUACAUAUCCUGCCCUCCAAAGUGUCUAUUUCCUUCAGGGGAACUGAUCACUAUAUUUUGGACAGCAGUUUCAGGAGAAUCCCAGGCUGCACCUGAAGUUUAGCAACCUUAGGUUUUGCCCAUUUUCAAAGAAGACUGAGAGGGGCAGAGGAGUGGUCAGGGACAUGCCAGGACAGAUAGGCGGGUCUGGAAAUCAGGAAUGCGGUUUUGAAUUUUGCAGGCAAAUCUCUUUGUCCUUGGGAAGUGGCAGCCCAAAUGCUGCCGUCCUUUAGGGCGGGCUGGAGAAACGGGCCUUCCACUCUCAGACCUGUCGCCACGGUAACAGCUGGGCCUAGUUGGUAGUGGCCUGACCUACCACCAUAGCCAGUUUUUGUCUGUCCCCAACAUGACCCAACCCAGGUGUGUGCUGAUCUGGGCAAGACAAGGGGCAGAAGAGGAGGCCUGUUCCUAAAAGAUCCAGACUCCCCUUCCCACAGCUAUUGGCAGUCAGCUUCUGCAGGUCCGUCCAAUGUGUCGGUCUGUCCCUGAGAACAGGACCCGAUUGGAUCAGCAGGCGUGGUUCCCCCCUCUGUCCAGCCAGUGGGUGAGGAGCAGAAGGCAAAGGGUCCAGCAGGUACCUUGGCCCACACCGGGUGCAGAUUGGAGGGGAAGGGAAGGGGUUGGCGCUUCACCAGACGGAGCAUUUGCGAGCCGGGUUCAUGGGUGAAUUCUUGGGGCAGUGGAAGACCCGGCCGAAUUCUUCAAAUUGUGAGACGCUGCCAAGAACCCUGCAGGGCAAAGAGAAAGAGACAGAGACGCAAGGGAAGUGUAGGGCCAGCAGACGGCCUGCCAGGAUUAAAGGAGAGGUCUGGCUUGAAUCUUAACACCGGGCCUGGGAGCAAGUGCUCAGUGUCUGUGGUGAGAUGAUUGUGCACGCUCAGAAGCGCACCUUGUUCUUCUAUUAUGGGCCCUGGAGUUGCUUCCUCAAAUGGGUUCAUUUGCAACUUCCAGGAACUUUCCAGCAAACUAUUCAUUUAUUUGUUCACACCUCUCUUUUCAGCCUCUUUUGAUAGGAAGCAGGGCCCCCCAACCUUUCCCUUUGGAAUGCUGGCACAGGGUGCCACAAAAUGGCUGCCGGAGGAGGCGGGGCCAAAUGCAAAAUGGCUGCCACAAGAGGUGGAGCCAGCCACAAAACAGCAGGGAAUGAGGUCAUGUAACUCUCAUAGUAACUCUUCAAAAUUUCAGGCAGAAGCUCUGUUUAAAGGGGUGCUUUUUAAAAUUGACAUAUUGUUUUAAAAUAUUUUCUUGCAUACAGUUUCAGUCAUGCGGUGCUGAUCCUUGUAAUGCGGUGGCAGCUGCAACUUUUAAAAAAUCUGCAGUGCCAAUCAAAUCUCCAGUAGCCAAUGAGAAGCCCUGCUGGGCCAAAACCUCACCUGGCCCUGCCCAUUUUCUAAAAAUAAAUGGCGGGCACCGGGAAAGGUGUUGGCAGGUGCCACCGUGCCAAUAGGCAUCGCAUAGGGGACUCUGGUCUUGAAUUUGUACACUGCCCUCCUCCAGUGCAUUUGUCAACCAUCAAAACCAGAGUUAUCCCAAAACUCCUGGAGUUUAAGUGGCCAGCUGGAACGGGCUUUUUCCUCACUCAAAAGUCAGGCAUGAAACACCUGCCUGGUGGGAUUAGCAAAAGCACACCUGUCCAAAAUCCAGGCUGAUACCAUGCCUGGUUUAAUUAAUUCUGCUGCAUGGUGCCGAGACACACUGUGUUUCCUUGGGCUGGAGGCCAAUAAUUGUUUGGAAGUUGGUUUGAAAGAAAGGGUAACUUCCCAAAGUUGGUCCGUCCGUCCUACUUUUCCUUCUAGCAAAUAGGUUUGACAGAUCAGACUUUUGAACGAUUCCUUUUCUUCCUCGUUUUGCGUCUCCUUUUUACAGGACGCCGCAGCAUGAUUUUUAAUUAACGAUUUAUUAUACGUCAGUGCCUGUUUUCUUGAUCGAUUUUAUGUCUGCUCCUUGAUGGUUUUCUGUGGCUCCCUGAUGGGUUUGUUGAUGGUUUUCUGAGGCUCCCUGAUUGUUUCUCUGACACUCCUCCCUCCCAAAAAAUGUAUGAUGCUACUAUUUAUUGUUUUUGUACAGAUUGGAAACUGCCUCAAGGGUCAUGGCGCAGAAGGUUCAAUAAAUAAAUAACACCUCCACA